GAGACUUCAGAGAACUGUUUGCGCACCAGCCUCCUCUCAACACUGCGCGCUGCGCGAACUGGGCUCGCUGAUCUCGGAGCGGUGGAUUUUAUCAGUCGGACGUCGCGGGGCGCAGUUCAUCCCAGCUGAUCGGCAGUAUUUUGGCCCUGAUUCGAAGACUCUCACCCAGCGCUCAGGCUUCUCCAACCGGCUGUUUGGUGGCAUUUUCGCAGGGAGCAGCUCGUCAGAGGCUUCGGCACUGAGCUGCGCCUUGAGCCCAUGAAAACAGGAGAGGAGAGAAAACCGCGAGAAGUCAUCAGCUUCACCUGAACGAAGAGGAGGAACACGAGGAUACACAUGGGGCAGGGAGAGGCUUCAGCACGGGGGACAACCAUGGAGGGGGACUGUCUCAGCUGCAUCAAGUACCUCAUGUUUGUCUUCAAUUUCCUCAUCUUUCUGGGGGGCUCUUUCCUCCUGGGAGUGGGCGUGUGGGUGCUGGUGGACCCCACAGGGUUCAGGGAAAUUGUAGCGGCCAACCCCCUGCUUUUCACCGGCGUCUACAUCAUCCUGGGCAUGGGAGGCAUGCUCUUCCUUCUGGGCUUCCUGGGCUGCUGUGGAGCCAUCCGCGAAAACAAGUGUCUGCUCCUCUUUUUCUUCAUGCUCAUCCUCCUCAUCUUCUUAGCUGAGCUGGCUGCUGCCAUCCUGGCUUUCAUAUUCCGGGAGCAUCUGACCCGAGAGUACUUCACCAAGGAGCUGAAGAGGCAUUAUCAGGGCUACAACAACACUGACGUCUUCACCUCCACAUGGAAUGCCAUCAUGACUACAUUUGACUGCUGUGGGGUGAACAGCCCAGAGGAUUUUAAGGACAGCCUGUUCAGGCUGAUCAACCAAAAUCACAUGGUGCCAGAAGCCUGCUGCCAGCGUGCCAGUCAGACCGGGGAGUUGGCCUAUAUCAGCCAGGAGCAGUGCUUAUCAGGCAAUAUGAUGUUCCGCAAUAACAAGGGCUGUUACUCUGCAGUAGUCGACUAUUUUGAACUGUACAUCUAUGUGGCCGGAGCGCUGGCCAUUGUGGUGCUGACCAUUGAGCUCUUUGCCAUGGUCUUUGCUAUGUGUCUCUUCAGGGGAAUCCAGUAGAGCUGCUCCAACUUCUUUUUUUUUUAAAGAAAAGGGAAUUCAGGAGAAAAGAACAAAAUGGACACUUGUAAAUUUGUUGAUCUCUUUUUCUAUUGGCUAAUUGGUAGAAAAACAAACUCUCAAACUCUUGUACUUCACAGCUGGACUUUUGAGGUACUGGGUGACAAAAAAACAAACAAACAACAACCCACAUACACAGAUACACGUAAACUGUAGGGAAAGUGGGAGAUCAGAGACAAAACUGAUGUAAAAAGAUUUGUGUGUAAAGUGAACAGUAAUUUUUGGACCAGGUCUAGCACAGACCGGGUGUACAGUGGACCAGGCAUGAGGACCAGGUGAAGCCUGAGCAGAAGGCACUGCACUGACUUUUGGAUGAAGAAUAUUUAUAUUAAGUAAAGUUGGCUUAACUGUAAAAAAAAAUGUGUUUCAUGUUCACUUUGGCUGUUUUGGCUUUUUUCCUUUCAUACUGUAUACUGUAACACACUCCCUCCCUCCAUACGCCUUUUUUACAGCCACUCUUCUUCAAUGCUGUAUUAUAUAAGCUCUGUGUGUGUGCGUGCGUGCGUGUGUACAUACUUGAUGCUCUUUUUGAAUGUGUAUGAGCUCGUUUGUGAGCAUGUGAGCUCGUGGCUCUUCAUGACCCCUUCCAAGCUUGAAAGCCAACCUUCUUCUUCUGUUUGUAUAGUGGUGUUUAUUGCAGUAGUGGUUCUAUGUGGUUUUAGGUGGUGAAAUGUAUGUGUAUGCAUUUGUAUUAGAUUCUUGAAAAGUCAAUGACAUAAAUGGCAUUCUAAAUGAC